CCGAGGCUGGAGCAGCAGCAGCAGCGGGGAGCUCUGGGUAAGGAGUGUUCUGUUUGCUGCUGCAACGUUAAGCUGCUGCUGUUGCUUUAGGAGCGAGAGGAAACGGCGCCGGGGAGAGAGAAGGAGGGGAGCCCAUUGCAGCCAUGCUGAAUCACAGGCACUGAUUAAUUCGCCCAGCUUGCGGCACCCAGAGCAGGGAGGACGGAGGGGAGACGCGGCAUCGCCGAGGACAAGGAGACGAGGGUGCAUGCAGAGUUCAAGCCCCACUCCGGCUGCGCACAAUGGACGACGAAAGCAUCAAGCGGUGCCCUCAACCACCUGAGGCAGAUGAAGAUAAGGACCAGCGAACAGUGACCAUCAAUCCUUGUCACAUGGGGAAAGCAUUCAAAGUCAUGAACGAAUUAAGGAGUAAGCAGCUUCUCUGUGAUGUGGUGAUCGUUGCUGAAGAUGUUGAGAUCGAAGCUCAUCGUGUUGUCCUCGCAGCCUGCAGUCCAUAUUUCUGCGCCAUGUUUACAGGAGAUAUGACUGAAAGCAAAGCAAAGAAGAUUGAGAUCAAAGAUGUCGAUGGGCUAACUUUAAGUAAACUGAUUGAUUACAUCUACACAGCGGAGAUAGAGGUCACAGAAGAGAAUGUUCAGGUUUUGUUGCCAGCAGCCAGCCUUUUACAGUUAAUGGACGUUCGACAAAACUGUUGUGACUUCCUUCAAUCUCAGCUCCAUCCCACCAAUUGCCUUGGAAUUCGCGCCUUUGCAGAUGUGCAUACUUGCACUGAACUGUUGCAACAGGCCAACGCCUAUGCAGAGCAGCAUUUUCCUGAGGUGAUGCUUGGUGAAGAAUUUCUCAGCCUAAGCCUGGACCAGGUUUGCAGUUUGAUUUCGAGUGACAAACUCACGGUUUCAUCAGAGGAAAAGGUGUUUGAAGCUGUCAUUUCUUGGAUAAAUUACGAAAAAGAGUCUCGCUUGGAGCACAUGGCAAAGCUGAUGGAGCAUGUCCGUCUCCCUCUCUUGCCUAGAGAUUACCUUGUACAGACAGUUGAAGAAGAAGCUUUAAUCAAGAAUAAUAAUACAUGUAAAGACUUCCUUAUUGAAGCCAUGAAAUAUCACUUACUUCCUCUGGAUCAAAGACAGCUGAUAAAGAAUCCUAGGACAAAACCAAGGACACCAGUGAGUCUGCCAAAGGUAAUGAUUGUAGUGGGCGGGCAAGCACCCAAAGCCAUUCGGAGUGUGGAGUGUUAUGACUUUGAGGAAGAACGAUGGGAUCAAGUAGCUGAACUUCCUUCCCGGCGAUGCAGAGCAGGGGUGGUAUUCAUGACAGGCAAAGUCUAUGCUGUGGGAGGUUUUAAUGGCUCUUUGCGAGUCCGAACAGUAGAUGUAUACGAUGGCGUGAAAGACCAGUGGACGUCCAUAGCUAGCAUGCAAGAAAGACGGAGCACUUUAGGGGCAGCCGUGCUGAAUGAGCUUCUCUAUGCUGUUGGUGGAUUUGAUGGAAGCACAGGUCUGGCAUCUGUGGAGGCCUAUAACUAUAAAACCAAUGAGUGGUUUUUUGUAGCACCCAUGAACACAAGAAGGAGCAGCGUUGGAGUUGGAGUUGUGGAGGGGAAACUGUACGCUGUUGGUGGCUAUGACGGAGCAUCACGUCAGUGCCUUAGUACUGUAGAGCAGUAUAAUCCCGCUACAAACGAAUGGGCUUACGUGUCGGAUAUGAGUACUCGGCGCAGUGGUGCAGGUGUGGGUGUGCUUAGUGGACAGCUGUACGCGACUGGAGGACAUGAUGGACCUUUGGUGAGGAAAAGCGUGGAAGUGUAUGACCCUGGAACAAACAGUUGGAAACAAGUGGCAGAUAUGAAUAUGUGUAGGAGAAAUGCAGGGGUAUGUGCAGUGAACGGUCUUCUCUAUGUGGUUGGAGGAGAUGAUGGUUCUUGCAAUUUGGCAUCUGUAGAAUACUAUAAUCCUGUCACUGAUAAAUGGACAUUGUUACCAACCAAUAUGAGCACUGGAAGAAGUUAUGCAGGUGUAGCUGUGAUCCAUAAACCAUUGUGACACAAAUUCAUGUGGUUGCAAAGACAAGAAAUAAUGUCUGUCUAGCUCGGUGGAUUUUGGAAGAAAUUGAUAACUUAACUGCCACACUGGUGUUGCACUGCUAGUAUGACAAGUAUAUGCUAAGACCAUCAAUCUGUGUUCAGUGACGGCAGUGCAUCAGUGUGAAAACUAUGCUGUGAACAUGUUCCAGAAACAAGGUGUUGCCUGGGUGGAUUUUUGAGGGUGUAAUCUGCUGUUUUAUGUACAGCCAGGACUGAGUUUGAAGUGAAUUUCUCAAGAGAGGAAAUGUUUCUCUAUGGCAUGUAACUGGGAAAAAGAGAAUUUUGGAGUACUUCACUACUGAAGUUGCAUAUGCACUCUAUGUUCUAGAAAGCAUUUCCUAUUAUUUCACCUGUUAGACAAAUCUACUACUGAGACCUGAAUUUGGAAAUACUCAUCGAAAGAACCUGGCCUGAAAACAGACCGGAAGAAAUGAAAACAGACUGGGAACUCCAGCUCAUACAGCGUAUUGUCUCCAUUAUGUGUACAUAUACUAGUUGACUACUGUAAAUGUGUGAUUUAGGGCACUGGAGGUAUGCAGUGCAUGACUUUCAUCUUAGUCAUAGAACUGCAUUCAUCAUAUAUGGGAGCAGAUGAGCAGUGUCUUUCACUGGGCUGAAAGCAUAUUCCAGCUACCCAAAGACAAAUAACCCCACUGAAGUGUAGUGUUCUGUAGGGGCUUUUUGCUAUUUCAAAAUGAAUUCUGUUCAAGGAAAAGGAAGUCAUAAUAGCGUGUCUCUUGGCUAUUACCAACAAUUUAGAAAAUCCAAGCUGCACCCAUUCCUCUUUUCCAAAGCUAUUUAGGGAUUUCCUGAAAUAAUCAACUAUGGUUGCUACCAAAUUCCAAAAUCAAAAACCCAUGUGGAAUUCAGUGGUAGAUCUGGAGUUCCAGCCAAGCUCUGAAAGCCACAUAGGACACAGCAAUACCUAGGAUGUGGCAUGCAAUUAUAAUAAUGGGACUGUUCACACAACACACUAACCCACACUCAGUGGUUGAGUAUGGGUUGUUUUGAA